UCAGUUUGUUCCUAAAUGAUCUCUUUCCUCAGUUUCUGCACACACUGAGCCAUGGUGAUUCUUUUAGUCAAAAGCUGAAUUACACGUGAACAAAGAAACCCCUCUCUCUGAUCUAGCUGUCUUCCUCUUUGUCUGGACGUAAUCAUUCACUGAACCAAACAAAUUAGGGCAGCAUCAUUUAGCCUCUCACAGUCUCUAUCUUUUCCUUGAUUUGCUGCACAAACCAAACAUUUAUUAUAACAAGAGAUCACCCUUUCCUCUUAUACCUUCAUUUGCUUAUAUAAACAAGCAAUAUCCUAUCACUUCACCACUUCAUUCCCACCCUCACUCUCCGUCACUCUAGCUAGAAAAGAGAAGAAUGGGGAUUAAGCUUCAUUCCCGCCCUCACUCUCUGUCACUUGUUCUGUUUCUGGGUUUGCUUAUUCAGUUCUCAUGGGCAGCAAUAGAGAAGAAGACAUACAUAGUUCAUAUGUCAAAAUCAGAAAUGCCAACAACUUAUUCACUUCAUUCAAAUUGGUAUGAUUCAUGUCUUAAAUCUGUAUCAGAAUCAGCAGAAAUGUUGUACACAUACAACACAAUUAUUCAUGGGUUUUCAGCUCGGUUAACAGAAGAAGAAGCAGAAUCACUCAGAACCCAACAGGGAAUUCUUUCGGUAUUCCCUGAACAAAUCUACACACUGCAUACAACUCGUACUCCAUUGUUCUUAGGAAUCGAUAAAUACGAUGAAUUAAUUCCUGAUGUGUCCGACUCGACCAGUAGUGAUGUGGUAAUUGGUGUUCUGGAUACCGGUGCUUGGCCUGAAAGCAAAAGCUACGAUGAUAAAGGGAUGGGUCCGAUUCCAUCAAAUUGGAAAGGAGAAUGCGAAACUUCGAAAGAUUUCCCUUCUACUAGUUGUAAUAAAAAAUUGGUUGGAGCUAGAUCUUUCUCCAAAGGUUAUGAAGCUACAUUAGGUCCAAUUGAUGAAUCCGCAGAAUCAAAUUCUCCUAGAGAUGAUGACGGACACGGUACUCAUACUUCAACUACAGCUGCAGGAUCCGCAAUCGCAAAUGCUUCUGUGUUCGGUUACGCGUCCGGCACUGCCCGUGGAAUGGCUUCACGAGCUAGAGUUGCUGUUUAUAAAGUUUGCUGGAAGGGUGGUUGUUUUAGUCCUGAUAUUCUAGCAGCUAUGGAGAAAGCUAUUGAAGAUGGUGUUCAUGUCUUAUCUUUAUCACUUGGUGGUGGCAAUUCUGAAUAUUACAGAGAUUCUGUUGCAAUUGGUGCUUUCACGGCAAUGGAGAAAGGUAUUCUUGUUUCUUGUUCAGCUGGUAAUGCUGGUCCUACUCCUGAUAGUCUUUCAAAUGUUGCUCCAUGGAUUACUACUGUUGGUGCUGGAACUCUAGAUCGUGAUUUCCCUGCUUAUGUUAGUCUUGGUAAUGGUAAAAAUUAUUCUGGUGUCUCACUUUAUAACGGCAAACCAUUACCCGAUAAAAUGGUGGAAUUCGUCUAUGCCGGCAAUGCUAGUACCGCUUCUAAUGGUAAUUUAUGUAUGACCGGUACUUUGAUACCGGAAAAAGUUGCCGGGAAAAUUGUCUUCUGUGAUAGGGGGAUUAAUGCAAGAGUUGCAAAAGGAGUUGUGGUGAAACAAGCUGGUGGAAUUGGAAUGGUUUUAGCCAAUACAGCUGCGAAUGGCGAAGAGUUAGUUGCCGAUGCUCAUUUGUUGCCGGCAAGUGGUGUGGGUGUGAAAGCUGCUGAUGCAAUCAAAUCUUAUCUAUUCUCGGAUCCUAAUCCAACGGCUACAAUUAUGUUUGCUGGAACGAAAUUAGGCGUCCAGCCAUCACCUGUUGUUGCUGCUUUUAGUUCAAGAGGACCAAAUACAAUCACGCCAGAGAUACUAAAACCUGAUCUGAUUGCUCCAGGUGUCAACAUCUUAGCGGGUUGGUCUGGUGCGGUCGGACCAACUGGAUUAGCAUCGGAUACAAGAAGAGUAGAGUUUAAUAUCAUAUCCGGUACGUCCAUGUCGUGUCCGCAUGUAAGUGGUCUAGCUGGAUUACUAAAGGCUGCCCAUCCUGAGUGGAGCCCCGCAGCCAUAAGGUCAGCUUUGAUGACUACAUCAUACAACUCGUAUAAAUCUGGUAAACCUGUUCUAGAUAUUGCAACAGGUAACGCUUCUACACCGUUUGAUCAUGGUGCUGGGCAUGUGGAUCUAAUUGCUGCCUUGGAUCCUGGUUUGAUUUAUGAUCUUAAAACUGAAGAUUAUCUCAAUUUCUUAUGUGCGAUGGAUUAUACACCUGCACAAAUUCGCAGUUUAGCGAAGAGUAACUUCACUUGUGAUCCCCAUAAGAAGUAUAAUGUUGCCGAUUUGAAUUAUCCUUCAUUUGGGGUGAAUUCAUACAGUACUGGUAGUGACGGUAGCACUCUUGUUGUUUUUCAUACACGUACCUUGACGAAUGUGGGCAGUCCAGGAACGUAUAAGGUUUCGUCGGCGAUCACUACUACAGGUCCGGGUAAGGACGCGGUUAAAAUCUCGAUUGAACCUGAUACUUUGACUUUCACAAAAAUGUAUGAGAAGUUGAGUUAUGAGGUUGUAUUUACUACGACUACAAUGCCUUCCGGCACAAAUGUCUUUGGUCGUAUUGAAUGGUCUGAUGGUAAACACAUUGUCGGCAGUCCGGUUUCAGUUACUUGGAAUUAGAAGGGGAAAAUUUGAUGAAACCGGAAGAAAUGGCUGUUAACUUUAUGGCUUAAUUUGAUGUUUUCCGACACGUAAUUAGUGUUGGUUUUAUUAGUAAUUUGCUCCAUAAAUCUUCUCUAUUAGUAUUAUUCAUUAGGGUUAUCUGAUCAUACAUAUGCAAGAAAACUAUGAAAUGCUGAAGUAAUUCAGAGGGUCAUUGUAGCAAAAUAUGUAAGAGGAUGAUUGAAAAUGAAUAUACAUAUAUACACAGUAACAAGUUUCUUGUUUCUA